UCUGGAGAUCCUGCUGUGCCCACUGCCAGCCACCAUGGAGCCUCUGGGUACGGUCACCCUUUUCCUGGGAGUUUGUCUCUCUUCCCUUCUCCUCUUGGCCACUGUGAGGAGCAGGACGCAGGGCAAGGGAAGGCGGCCACCGGGCCCAAUGCCUUUGCCCAUUUUGGGGAACAUUUUGCAGCUGAAGACCACCUUCCUCAGUAAGGCUCUCCAACAGCUCAGUGAGAAAUACGGCCCUGUGUUCACCGUGCAUUUUGGACGGUUACCUGUCGUGGUUCUCCAUGGCUACGACGUCAUAAAAGAAGCACUGAUUGAUCGCGCAGAUGAAUUUGCAUCCAAGGGACGCCUACCAUUGGCUGACAAAAUCAGCAAAGGGGAAG